UGGAGCCCACGCCCGGCGCGCUCUCCUUCGCGGGCUUGCCCUCCAGCCGGCCUUAUGGCAUUAAACCUGAACCGCUGUCGGCCAGAAGGGGUGACUGUCCCACGCUUGACACUCACACUUUGUCCCUGACUGACUAUGCUUGUGGUUCUCCUCCAGUUGAUAGAGAAAAACAGCCCAGCGAAGGCGCCUUCUCCGAAAACAAUCCUGAGAAUGAGAGCGGCGGAGACAAGCCCCCCAUCGAUCCCAGUAAGUGUCUCCUCCCUCCAGACCAGCCACCGCCUCCACGCCGGCCACCCGGAUCUGCCGGCCCGCCAGCUUUCUCCGGAACCAGCCUUCGCCCGCGCUGGGAGCCUCCUGAGCAAAGGCCGGGAGCCAGAAGUUGCUGUUUGGGAGGCCUCGGAUGGGGCCCCAAGUCCUGAAACCAGUGACAAGCGGGCGCGCCGGGCUCCGGGGAAGGGGAGGCGGCUGCUGCCGAGAGAGGGGGCGGGGCAGGCGCUGCGGUACGAGCCAAGACCCACCGCCCCUUUCCUUGGCUGCCCGGGACCAAGACAGAGAUACUUUGGGAGAUUCUUCGAAAGCAGCGCGGCAGAGAAAGUCUUUUGUGCGGCUAGAUUGUCCGGGAGCGGCGGCAGCAACUGCAGCCAGCCGGGGCAGCCUGACCCGGGACGCUGGGGAAGACUGCUGAUUCCCUCCACUUCUUGCUCCAGCCAAUGGCGGUGUAACCCGGCUGCCAACUGGCUCCACGCUCGCUCCACGCGGAAGAAGCGCUGCCCCUAUACAAAACACCAAACGCUGGAACUGGAGAAAGAAUUUCUGUUCAAUAUGUACCUCACCAGGGACCGCAGGUACGAGGUGGCACGACUGCUCAACCUCACCGAGAGGCAGGUCAAGAUCUGGUUCCAGAACCGCAGGAUGAAAAUGAAGAAAAUCAACAAGGACCGAGCAAAAGACGAGUGAUGUGACUCAAGUUAAUUUGAAAAGAGAGCGAGCUAGAGAGAGAGAACUGCCCGUCCCCUUCUCCUAACCCCCACCCCACCCUGGCCUCCACCACCCCGCAGAAAGCGGCUCUAAACUCCAGGCCUCAUCUCCCCCUGGCAAACCCUGCUCAGGCUGGUUCCUUGGCCUGCCGCUUUGAUGGAAGAGGUAUUGUAAGCUUUCCAUUUUCUAUAAGACAGAAAAAGGGGGGGGGGGCAUUAGCGCUGAUGGCUGUAUGUGCUAGCUUGUAUAUAUUUUUUAAAAAUCUACCUGUUCCUGACUUAAAACAAAUAAACAAACAAACAAAAAAAAACUACCUUUUUAUAAUGCACAAGUGUUGACGGCGGGCUGUAUAGUGUUUAGUCUGUGUAGUUAAUUUAAUUUGCUUUUUGUGCGGCAGAGCGAUCUGCCCAGAUACUUGAACACUGUGUUUUAUUGUGGUAAUUAUGUUUUGUGACUCAAACUUCUGUGAUGGGUGAUGCACCCGUUGUGAUUGUGAAAGCUAGAAUUCGAUUUGAACUCAGGUUGUUUAUGAGGGGAGAAAGCAUUGCAUAGGGGUAUAGCUCUGUAGUGGAAUAUGUCUUCUGUAUAACUAGGCUGUUAACCUUUGAUUGUAAACUAGCUGUAAGGAUUUCCCAGUGAAAUAAAAUUUUAAAAAAAGAAAAGAAAGGGUUCUCCUGGACGCAUAGAUUCAUGGUUUUCUCCAUUUUUGAAAUGCGGACAUUUUAGUCUCUACAUGCUCUAUAGACCUGUCUUGUCCAUUGUGUAUAUAUAAUCCACAUAUUAAAGAAAAAGUAAUCAAACAAGUUUGAAUAUUGUUUUUGCACCAAACAGUGAGGAAACUUGGAGCUAUACGUAUGUGCAGAAGGUUACUACCUAUGGUUUACGUUUAAUUUUAAUUGGGGGAAAAUGAAUGCUUAUUGUAAUGGAGUUAAUUUUAUUGAUAAUAAAUUAUACACUAUGAAACCGCCA